GUUCGAGCGGGCGGGCAUGUGAAAGCCACUUGAGAUAUCGCACGGGGCGGCUGAUCGCCUCUUGAUGUGCAUCUCGCCGGAUCAAAUCCCAAGAAAAGGCUCAGUUGCAUCCUCCCUGCGACACAAUGAACACCAUAGCCCUGCCCUUGCUGAUGCUUUUCGCCAUCUCCAUUCAAACAGGCGCUGCUCUGCGAUGCUGGGUGUGCUCAAGCCCCGUGGGCGGUGUCUGCGGCGAUCCCUUUAACUCGAGCAUUUUGUCUCACACGACCGAGUGCGCGCCUCCACGGCGCCACCACGGCUCUAGCGGCGCCAACCUCUUUCAGCCGGACAUCAUCAGUCACGUUUGCAAAAAAGUCAUUCAGCGAGAGCAUGGUGCGUUGAUGGUGGUCCGGUCGUGCGGUUACGAAAGGUUUCCGAAUGAGGCUUGCGGCGGCCAAGAGGAAAGUCGUCGCAUCACGGCGCGCCACCACCGCGACGACGUUCGGUUUUGCCAGGUGUGUCGCGAGGAUGGGUGCAACGCUGCCGCCUCCACGUACAACCUACUGGUCGCCCUUUUAGCCUCCGCGGGGGCGGCGAUUCUUGUCUUUUUCUCUUAAAAUUAUUUUAUUUGCGAUCAAAAAAGGCCUAACUCAGAAAAUAAAAUUUGUACAUAUUUCACUUUGAUUUCAAUGAGAAAAUAAUUAAAAUAUUAUUGUGAACUCAGGGAUGUUUUGAUAACUGAGAUUUUUUUAAAAAAAAAAUCUGCAAACUGUACAGAAAAGUGCCUUGAUCAGAUCCUUAUCUCUUCCGUCCUAAAUUCGUCUGGAAUUUUCAGCUAAAAAUAUAAUAUAAUCAAUGUAAUCAAAGUUCGUGCAUAAUUUGCUGCUUAUAAAUAUAUUUAACUAAUUGAAAGUUGUAUUGAAAGUUAUAAAAAGUUAUUGAUUUAAUUACAAAAUAAAAAAAUUGAGUCCAAUUUUUAACGGAA